CGUCAAACCACCACCCAGUCAACCCAUCUCGAGUUUUCGCCGACACCUUCGACGACAAGCCCCCCUCACGCCGACAAAAUGUCUCACGAAUCUGUCUGGAACUCCCGCCCCCGCAACUACGGCAAGGGCUCUCGCAGCUGCCGUGUCUGCAAGCACACGGCCGGUCUUAUCCGCAAGUACGACCUCAACCUCUGCCGUCAGUGCUUCCGUGAGAAGGCCAAGGACAUCGGCUUCAACAAGGUAUGCGACGAGAAACCCUUGGGGGGAUCUACACGACGUUUCCCCCGCGAAUGA